AUGGCCGGCGGCAGCAAGGACCUUGCGGCGUCUGUUGCGGAUGCAGCAGCAACAGCAGAACCGAAGGCCCAGGGCCCCGGUGAAGAAGCCAAGGCCCUGGUCCCGAGCGCUUCGCCCAGCCCCGCAGAUGUCAAAGAAGCCGAGGCAUUCUGGGACCUGGGCCGAAAAGGCGGGGGCGAGCGCAACGGCCAGAGCUACUCAAAGAAGGCCUGCUUUCUCAAGGUCUUGGAGCUCAACGAGAACUAUGCGAAUGCGUGGAACAGCCUCGGUGCCUGCUGCGGUGGAACCGUGAAGGGCCAGGCUUAUGACGCAAAGGCCUGCUACGUGAAGGCAGUGGAGGUGGAUGAGAACUAUGCGCUUGCGUGGAGAAACCUCGGUCGCCGUGGCGGUGGCACCGUGAAGGGCCAGGCUUAUGCCGAGAAGGCCUGCUACGUGAAGACGCUGGAGCUCGAUGAGACCUAUGCGCUUGCGUGGUGCAACCUGGGUCUCAAAGGCGGUGGAGCCGUGAAGGGCCAGUCUUAUGACGCAAAGGACCGGGGGGCAUGGGGUGGGGGUGGGGGCGGGUGGGUCAGGGCCUGUCAGGUUCUGGAGUUGAACGAAAACGAUGCCGAUGCCUGGCGAAAGCUGGGUGACGCUGGCGGGGGGACCGUGCGCGGCACCCACUACGGCCCAGACGAUUGCAAAGCCAAAGCCCAAGGGAAGUAA